AUGGAGGGGUGCGACCGGAUCAGAGGCCCGUGGAGCCCGGAGGAGGACGGCGCGCUGCGGCUGCUGGUGGAGCGCCACGGCGCGCGCAACUGGACGGCCAUCGGCCGCGGGGUGCCCGGCAGGUCCGGCAAGUCGUGCCGCCUGCGCUGGUGCAACCAGCUGUCCCCAGGCGUGGAGCGCAGGCCGUUCACGGCCGAGGAGGACGCCGCCAUCGCGCGUGCCCACGCUAGGCUCGGCAACCGCUGGGCCGCCAUCGCGCGCUUGCUCCGCGGCCGCACCGACAACGCCGUCAAGAACCACUGGAACUGCUCCCUCAAGCGCAGGCUCGCCGAUGUCGGCGUUGCAGAGGAGGAGCGGCCGUGCAAGCGCGCCAGCGUCACGCCGGAGAGCACGUCUGGAUCUGGGUCGGGGUCCGGCUCCGGUUCGGACCGCAGCGACGUCAGCCAUGGAAGUGUGUUCGGGCUCGGCCAGGUUUACCGCCCGGUGGCGCGGGCCGGAGGGUUCGAGCCCGCGGACUGCGCCAUGAGCCGGCGGCAUGAGGUGGAGCGGGAGGAGGCGGAGGACCCGCUCACCUCGCUCUCCCUCUCCCUCCCCGGCACGGCCACAGAGGUCCAGGAGUUCCACCACGACAGCUCCCACAGCCACUUCCACCAGCCGUCUCCAUCCCCGCCGUCGCCGCCGCCCCCUCCGGCGCCGACGUCGUAUCCGUUCAGCCCCGAGUUCGCGGCGGUGAUGCAGGAGAUGAUCCGGGACGAGGUGCGGAGGUACAUCUCCGGCGUCGGCUGCGGUGCCAACCUGCCGUCCAUGCCGCAGGUGGUAGACGGCGUCAUGCGUGCUGCGGCGGAGCGGGCCGGUAGGGUCGCGAGGACGCAGUGA